AUGAAAACAAACGGCGGCCGCCGCAUCCGGGCACUCGGCGGGCAGCGGGCACGGCGGUGGCGCAGGAUGGCGCAAAAGAAAUAUCUUCAAGCAAAAUUAACCCAGUUUUUAAGGGAAGACCGAAUUCAGCUUUGGAAACCUCCAUAUACAGAUGAAAAUAAAGAAGUUGGUUUGGCAUUGAAGGACCUUGCUAAGAAAUACUCUGACAAACUAGAAUGUUGUGAAAAUGAGGUAGAAAAAAUAAUAGAAGAAAUACGGUGCAAAGCAAUUGAACGUGGAACAGGAAAUGAAAAUUAUAAAACAACAGGAAUUGCUACAAUCGAGGUAUUUUUACCUCCAAGGCUAAGAAAAGACAGGAAAAACUUGUUGGAGACCCGAUUGCACAUCACUGGCAGGGAACUGAGGUCCAAAAUAGCUGAAACCUUUGGAUUUCAAGAAAAUUACAUCAAAAUUGUCAUAAAUAAGAAACAGCUUCAGCUAGGGAAAACACUGGAAGAACAAGGAGUGACACACAAUGUGAAGGCUAUGGUGCUUGAACUAAAGCAGUCUGAAGAGGAUGUGAGGAGGAACUUUCAGGUAGAAGAAGAAGAGCAAAAUGAAGCCGAACUAAAAGAAAAAAGAAUACAGAGGACCAAGAGAGGACUGGAAAUACUGGCCGAGAGAGCUGAGAUGGUGGUGGAUCCAGAAACUACCCCUUACUUAGACAUAGCCAACCAGACAGGCAGAUCAAUCCAGAUUCCCCCCUCAGAGAGAAAAGCUCUUAUGUUAGCUAUGGGAUAUCAUGAGAAGGGCAGAGCUUUCCUGAAAAGAAAAGAAUAUGGAAUAGCAUUGCCAUGUCUGUUGGACGCUGACAAAUAUUUCUGUGAGUGCUGCAGAGAACUGCUGGACACAGUGGAUAACUAUGCAGUGCUCCAGCUGGAUAUAGUGUGGUGCUACUUCCGCUUGGAGCAACUGGAAUGCCUUGACGAUGCAGAAAAAAAAUUAAACUUGGCCCAGAAAUGCUUUAAAAAUUGCUAUGGAGAAAAUCAUCAGAGACUGGUCCACAUAAAAGGAAAUUGUGGUAAAGAGAAGGUAUUGUUCUUAAGACUUUACUUGCUUCAAGGUAUCCGAAACUAUCACAGUGGAAAUGGUGAAGAGGCUCGCGAGUAUCUCAACAAGGCACGUCAACUCUUUAAAGAGCUAUACAUCGAUCCAUCAAAGGUUCAUAAUUUGUUGCAGCUGGGAUUUACGGCACAGGAAGCCCGGCUGGGCCUGAGGGCAUGUGAUGGGAACGUGGAUCAUGCAGCCACUCAUAUCACCAACCGCCGAGAGGAAUUGGCCCAAAUAAAAAAAGAGGAAAAAGAGAAGAAAAGACGCCGCCUGGAGAACAUCAGUUCUUUGAAAGGAAUGGGCUACUCCACACACGCGGCCAAGCAGGCCCUUCGCCAAGCCAGUGGGGACCUGGAUGGAGCCCUGAGGAUUCUUCUCAGUAAUCCACACAUGUGGUGGUUAAAUGAUUCAGAUCCUGAAACCAGCAGCCCUCAGGAAAGUCCUUCGCAGGAGAAUAUUAACCAACUGGUGUACAUGGGCUUUGACGCUGUUGAUGCCGAAGCAGCGCUGAGAGUGUUCAGGGGAAACGUCCAGCUUGCAGCCCAGACCCUCGCUCACAAUGGCGGAAGUCUUCCCCCUGACCUGCAGCUCUCAGCAGAAGAUUCUUCAUCAACACCAUCCACAUCCCCUUCCGGUUCUGCAGGUGCUUCUAGUGCCUCAACAGAUGAAGAUAUGGAGACAGAGGCAGUCAAUGAAAUAUUGGAAGAUAUUCCAGAACACGAAGAAGAUUAUCUUGACUCAACUCUGGAAGAUGAAGAAAUUAUUAUUGCAGAGUACUUAUCCUAUGUAGAAAAUAUAAAGUCUGCAACAAAGAAAAACUAAAUAAUGAACAGAAAUAAGUACUAAGUUUCUGCUGAUAAAUUGUAUCAUUAUGAACAGUCUAAGCAGAUCUCUAUUUCUUCUUUUUAUCUGCUUUUGCUACAAGAGUGAUUCCUACUUGGGUGUGGGGCCGGCAAAGAGCAGUGGUCGGGGGUCCUGGCCAGUAAUGGGUGGUCCUGGGAAAGAGCUUCCUCCAGCCUGACUCUUGCUGUUCCUUCUGCCUUCGGGUUCUGCGCCCCUCACUCCACCCUCUCUGCUUGGCGGCUUCUCACCCAGAAAUGGGACAGCGCUGGGGCCAGGUUGGUGCUGGAGAAUAGGGUGAUCAUAGCAGAAGGUCUCCGGGGGCGGUAAUGAGGGAGUGCGUCCUGGGUCUGCAGCCUCCUCUGUCCUGUGCAGCCUUCCUGCCCCUCGGCCCAGCGGUGGAUUCUCUUCCUUCUUCCCGUGGUGCAGUCAGUCUCUCCUUGUCAGCCUCACAGCUUCCUGCCGCACCCUCACCAAUCUGCCCCUAAAACUGUCCUUUCAGUCUUUAUAGUCACUCCAAGCACUUGAAACAUCAGUGUUUUAUGCUCUUAGUUAUAGUAAAAUAUGCACUUGGAAUUCAAGGUUGAAAUUCAGAGUUUAUUUAAAAUUCCUCUUUACAAAAAAAUCUUAUUAAAUGGGAAAGUAAGGAAUGUGAGCAAAGCAACUACUGUUGUUUGAUUUUUUUGGGUGCAGACCUUCAUUCUCUCAGGAGAUAGACAUAAUUGUUUCUUCUUUUUUUAAGUAAUGUUUUAGUGUGUUUUUGGUGAAGGUUUACACAGCAGUUUAGAUUCCCAGCCAACAAUUUCUACACAGAUUGUUCAGUGACAUUGCUUACAUUCUUCAAAGCACUUUUAAUGAACAGUUUUAGACUCUAAUUGUCAUAGUAAACUCACUGCUAGUUCAGAUGCCUCUCAGGAAUUCUGAUAUAUUUUCUUCGGGGUUUUUGUGGGCUUUGGUAUAUCUGUAUUACAGGAGACUGUUUCUAAGCAUGCUAAGUAAGUUAGCCUUUCAGGGCACAGGUCCGCGGUCUUGUUGCACCAUGCAUUCCCUUGUAGAUGUGUGUUAAGUGGGAAUCAGCUUCAGCACCUAGGACACGCUGGCAGCAACCAGUUGCAGAAUGAAUCAAGUGCAAGAUGUAUUACUGAGCCUCCCUGCCCUCCCAGAAGCCACUGGAAGCGCCUAUGGCUCAGGGCAGAAUGUGCCAGAUUGUUGCUAUCAAAGGGCUGAAAUAAUUCAACUUUUUCAAUUGAAAAAGCUUGGAUGGCUGGAAAUCUUUUCCUUUUUUUAUUUUUAUAUUUUAUUAUUUUUGUUGUUGAGAAUUUACACAGCAAAACAUACACCAGUUCAACAGUUUCUACAUGUA